CGAUGGCCGACAAAGUGGACAUGUCUUUGGAUGACAUCAUCAAGCUGAACCGGAGGCAGCAAGGAGGUCCCUGGUGGGGCCGGGGUCGCAGAGGGGCCGGCUACCAGAACUUCCGUGGCUUCAAAGCAGGCGGCGGUGGUGAGCCUAGGAGGAAGCAGCCUGCCAUGGCCCUGCGCGGCAGGAACCGGGUGGCACCAUACAGCCACCAGAAGCAACGUCGGGACAAGUGGCAGCAGGACCUAGUCCACAGGGCCUUCGUGGGUGGAGCCAGCGUGGACAGCGGUGGGAAGCUGCUUGUGUCCAACCUGGACUUUGCAGUGUCCGAUGCUGAUAUACAGGAAGUCUUUGCUUCAUCCGGAACCUUGAAGAAAGCCACCGUGCACUAUGAUCGCUCUGGACAAAGUUUGGGGACAGCAGAGGUGCACUUUGAACGGGAAGCAGAUGCCCUGAAGGCUAUGCAAGAGUACAAUGGUGUGCCU